AUGAGUGACGCGUCUAGUCAAGAGUUUCACGCCAGCGCUUCGCUUCGUCGCAAGUCGCAAGCGGAAAAACUGGUCGAGAAAGAAGGAUGUUUCGGCCUUAGCCUGACUCCCAUAUACAUUGGAAUAUCAGCUACAUCAGCCGGGUACAAAGAGUAUUUGGUUUCCUUUGCUGUUCGUGAUGCUACGUACCUACUUGAUUUCGCGAUUAAAAAGAUAUCAGCACCAGAAGGCUCAAAUGGUCGUGAUUUCCUUGCCGACUACAUCAUCAAGUCAAUCAGGUGGUACGAGCAUAACACUUUCGUUAAAGCAGUUGGCGCCGGCCUUCCCCAUGCGUUGCAGACGAUGAGUCCAACACUUUGCUCUCGUCUUUGGCUGGAAUUGGACAUUGUUCCUCUUGUUAUUCAGCAGCCUCAUGAACAUACAGAGAGGAUAAGUCUCUGGCUUACCAAACGAGUGGACGAACAAGCCGAUUCAAUGGCGCGAAAAUGCAUCAUGAACUUUGGUCCUUCGUUGGCACCUCUUUUACAUGUUGCAUGGCGUGGUAUUGUAGAAGUUGAUGCAUCAUUCCAAGCACCGCUCAUCUCGGUCGAUGAUUACAAAACCACAUGCAACUCCGCGACUUGGGCAGCAGUGAUGCAUUAUGCAAAAAAUCUACGAAAGCAUAAGACCAAAAUUGCUUUCUUCAGCAGCACUCCUCAAGGUGGCGGCGUUGCAUUGAUGAGGCACGCUCUCGUGAGACUUUCUCGUGUGUUAGGAGUAGAUAUCCGCUGGUAUGUUCCAAAACCUCACCCAGGAGUGUUUCGAAUCACCAAAAAUAUCCACAAUACGCUGCAAGGAGUAAGCUCUGAUGGCGAAUUCAUCUCUGCGGACGAAAAGAACGCCAUAGUGGACUGGAUUACCGACAAUGGCAAACGAUAUUGGUUCUCCGACGGCGGGCCAUUGUGCCGACCCGACAAAGGUGGCGCAGAUGUUGUUAUUAUUGACGAUCCUCAAAUGCCCUGUCUCAUUCCGCUCAUCAAGAAACUUACGCCAUCGCGGCCAGUAUUUUACAGAUCGCAUAUCCAGAUUCGAACGGACUUGAUCAAAGUCGCUGGCUCACCUCAAGCAGAUAUUUGGGACUUUCUCUGGCAAAAUAUCAAGCAAGCCGACUUAUUCGUUAGCCACCCGAUUCCUUCUUUUGUACCCCAUAAUGUACCUAAGGAGAAGGUAUUGUACAUGCCUGCAACGACCGAUUGGCUGGAUGGCUUGAAUAAACCGAUGGAAAUCUGGGAUACCGGAUACUAUGGCCAUCUGUACAACGUUAAAUGCCGCUCAGAGAGAAUGACAGAGUUACAGUGGCCAAGAAGGAGAUAUAUAAUCCAAGUAUCCCGCUUCGAUCCUGCCAAGGGGCUGCCAACGGUUGUUGAUGCUUAUGCUUGUUUCCGAGAGCAGCUAGAAAAUCAUGGUGGUGUCGCCAUCCCCCAGCUCGUCAUCUGCGGCAAUGCGUCCGUUGAUGACCCCGAUGGUAUUGCCAUUUACGACCAAGUAAUGACGCAGCUAGAAACCCGAUAUCCCCACAUCAUGGGUGAUGUGAGCGUCAUGCGCUUAGAUCCAUGUGACCAGUUACUGAAUUGUCUCAUGGCAAAUGCCCAUGUCGUUCUUCAGCUUUCUACGUAUGAAGGUUUCGAAGUCAAGGUCUCUGAGGCACUCCAUGCUGGCCGCCCUGUCAUUGCUACAAAUGCCGGCGGGAUACCCCUUCAGAUCAAAGACAAAAUCGACGGCUACCUCGUUGAACCGGGCGAUUGGAAAGCAGUCGCUGGUCAUUUGGUGGAGUUGUUUACGGAUCUUAAAUUACACGAUCGAAUGUCACAAGCCGCAAAAACCGGCGUUUCAGACGAAGUUUCGACUGUUGGGAAUGCGUUAUCUUGGUAUUAUCUGGCAAUGAAAUGGGCGCAGAAAGGGCCUAAGCUGGAACUGCUGGGGAAUGAGCAAUGGGUUAAUGAUAUGGCCCGAAGUGAAGCUGGUCAGCCGUACACGGAAGGCGAAAACCGCUUACCGCGCAGCUUCGCUCAGUUGUAG